GAAGUGGACAGUUUGAGUCCUGUUCUCAGGGACAACCCUCAGCUUCAUGAAGAGGUCCGGUUCUGGCUCAAAGAUCAAAAGGUUCAGGACAUUUUUUUGCAAGGUCCGUAUUCAUUAAAUGGUUACCGAGUUCGUGUUUACAGACAAGACUCGGCCACUCAGUGGUUCACAGGGAUCAUCACACAUCAUGACCUCUUCAGCCGUAAUAUGGUUGUGAUGAAUGACCAGGUUCUAGAGCCCCAGAACGUUGACCCCUCUAUGAUCCAGAUGACCUUUCUGGACGAUGUGGUCCACUCUCUGCUGAAAGGAGAGAACAUCGGUAUCCAGUCCCGACGCAGGUCCCGUUCCAACCAGAACAACUCUGCCCAUGGUCACUACACCCGCGCCCAAGCCAACAGCCCCAGACCAGUCAUGAACUCCUCUGGCGGGGCAGUGAAGCAGGGGUCAGGGGAACAGACGCAGCACCGCGGACCUGGCUUCUCCAGGAGGAAGGGAUCUGACAGCAGUGUCCCUGAUGAUGACUUCAAGGGAGACAACGUGGACUACUUCUUUAAAAGUACGAGCAGCAAGCAGGUGGCUGUGAACAAGCGGAGGAAAGCGGAGGAGGAAGAGGAGGAAGAGGAGAAUAAAUCAGGUUUGAAAAGACUGAGAAGCGAGACUACAGUGAGGUCUGACUUCUCUGAGAGCAGUGACUCUGAGAUGUCUACCAAUAGAACCAGGACGGCAGACUCCUCCUCUUCCUCAGAGCAGAACUCAGAGGAGGAGCUAAAAGGAAAGACCGGCCAGGAGGGGCACAAGACCCAGGGUUCUAAGACUGGGAAGGAGUCUGCUCUGACAGGCAGUCUCUCCCCCUGGGGUGAGGAGCUUCAGAAGGCGGAGUUUCAGCAGUCAUCAGCCGACAGGGAGCAGAGGUCAUCCCUGCGACAACCUCAACGACAGGGGGAACGGUCUCUACUGCAACAGCAGCAGGCCCCUCCCCUGUCCUCCUCCUCCCAGGGCUCUGCCCCCUCUGAGGGCCAAGGGGAGUGCAUCAUGGAGAACAACAGCACUAUGAAAUCCCAGACCCAUCCCCAGUCCAAGGACCAGUACACCAGCGCUGAGGUGGUCUCCAGGACCCAGACUCCCUCUCAGUAUAUAAUCGACAUCACAGCAGAGGACGCUAACGCACACAUGGCCUCCCGGGAGAACUCUGAGGCCGUCUCGGCCCUGCUGGCCUCCCAGAAUCCAUCUGAGCCCUCCUACCUCUCUGAGCCCAGCCGACAUUUGGUGCUGAACCCCUCUGUUGCCCCUCCCUCUCCCCUUCGUAAGAGCCUCGGGAGUGUGACUUUAGGAACCAGGCUCCCUCAGUGUCAGAGUGUGACCUUAGGAACCAGACUCCCUCAGUGUCAGAGUGUGACCUUAGGAACCAGACUCCCUUAUGUGACCUUAGGAACCAGACUCCCUCAGUGUCAGAGUGUGACCUUAGGAACCAGACUCCCUCAGUGUCAGAGUGUGACCUUAGGAACCAGACUCCCUCAGUGUCAGAGUGUGACCUUAGGAACCAGACUCCCUCAGUGUCAGAGUGUGACCUUUAGGAACCAGACUCCUCAGUGUCAGAGUGUGACCUUACGAACCAGACUCCCUCAGUGUCAGAGUGUGACCUUAGAACCAGACUCCCUCAGUGUCAGAUGUCAGAGUGUGACCUUAGGAACCAGACUCCCUCAGUGUCAGAGUGUGACCGUAGGAACCCAGACUCCCUCAGUGUCAGAGUGUGACCGUAGGAACCAGACUCCCUCAGUGUCAGAGUGUGACCGUAGGAACCAGACUCCCUCAGUGUCAGAGUGUGACCUUAGGAACCAGACUCCCUCAGUGUCAGAGUGUGACCGUAGGAACCAGACUCCCUCAGUGUCAGAGUGUGACCGUAGGAACCAGACUCCCUCAGUGUCAGGGUGUGACCGUAGGAACCAGACUCCCUCAGUGUGUAGGAAGCCGGAGGUAAAGCAUGACAUGGCUGGCAGCCUGGGCAGUAAGAUGGGGUUAGUCCAUUCAGAGUGUGACCUUAGGAACCAGACUCCCUCAGUGUGUAGGAAGCCGGAGGUAAAGCAUGACAUGGCUGGCAGACUGGGCAGUAAGAUGGGAGGCCCUGAAGCCCCGAAGCCCCUCUGCUUCCUGACAUCGUCAAGUCUAAAAACACAGAGUGUUCUGGAGACUUGUUCUAAACCCAAACCCCUCCCCUCCCCAGAGGUGUCCAAGCAUAAAGGCCUUUACCCGGACAACACACCUCACUCCAGCUUUAAGCCCGUUCUGGCCCGAGGGACUGAGUCGCCAGGAUCUUGCACUAAGAGCCCGCUAAUCAUCGAUAAGAACGAGCAUUUCACCGUGUACCGGGACCCUGCGCUUGUCCGUCCCAACCAGGAGACCAACCAUGUGUCCUAUCUGCACCCCCAGCUCCACCCCCUCCACGCCUCCUCCCACGCCUCCUGCCUCACCCCCUCUUCCACCCCACCACCACACACCUCCCACCACCACCUCCUCUCCGGGGUGCUCUCUGGCCUGCCUCCAGCCCUUGCUGGGGGUCAUCCCCGACUAGACUCCUCAGGGCUGGGGCACCUGGGACUAGUUCAUCACCACCCUGUCUCUCAGCCCCAGACACACAGCCACACCUCAGCCUCAUACAACCCUGGGCUGUAUCCAAUCAUCUGGCAGUACCCCAAUGAGACCCCUCUCCUAUCCCCCAGACUCAACCUGCCUGGGUCCAAGUGGGUGCACCCUGAAAACCCUGUCAGCUCUGAGACCAACAUGAGGAGGAACACGGCCAGCCCUUGGCUACACCACCAGGUCCCAGUCUCCUCCUCUGACAGCCUGGACCAACUGAGCCCACGUCACGGUCCCCAUCCGACCAGCCAGCGCCGACCCUCACCGGUCCGACCCCCAUCCCCACCACUGUUCAGAACCACACCGCUCGGACCCCCACCGGCUCAUCAAGAUACGGCCAAGACCGCUGGAGAUCUUCACAGGGAGGAUUUGAAGGGUUUUGUGGACCCCAUCAGAACCAUCACUCUGGCCCACCAGGAGCAGGACCGCAGCAGAACCCCGACCGGGAAGGACAGUCACCUGCACCAGCUCUACCUGGAGGCCUGUCAUAAACAACAGCAGCAGAGGAUGGCCCAGCAGCAACAACAGGAAGCAGGGCAGAGGGACCGGGCCAGUCAGUAUAAGGAGGAGAACAGACGCAUCCUCCAGGAGAGCAUUGAGGUGGCCCCCUUCACCGCUAAGAUCCGCUCCAGUGAGACCGACAGGGAGCCUAACCCCUACCCCCGGAUCCCCUCGCUCCCCUCCCUGCCCCACCCCUACCCCCGGAUCCCCUCGCUCCCCUCCCUGCCCCACCCCCAGCGCCUCCACCAGGAGAAGGAAACGGAGCCCACUGCUGCAGACCUGUAUCAGUUUAAACAGCAGUCCCAGCACAGUCUCCCCCCCAGUAACUACUUCACUACCCUGUCCAACAGUGUGGUCAACGAGCCACCGCGUCUCUACCCCUCUAAAGAACUCAACUCAUACUUUGACAAGGUGAGCAGGGAGCAGGAGUCUGCAGCAGCCUCUUGUCUCUCUCUGGGAGGAGGGGCAGCGUUCAGCUCCAAGUCCCUGUCCAAACCCCCUCCUCUCAUCAAACACCAGGCUGAUGGGGAGGGUCUGCUAGGGAAGAUAUCAGAGCAGCUGAACCAGCAGGUAAGCUUAUCCAACAUGCAGAGAUAUCGUCUCAGUACCAUAGUCAGCCCUGUUAGUCCAGACCUCUCGCCUUCGUCCAGUCAGAGCCAGAGUCAGACCCGAACCCACUGUCAGACCCAGAGCCAGACCCGAACCCACUGUCAGACCCAGAGCCAGACCCGAACCCACUGUCAGAGCCAGAGUCAGACCCAGAGCCAGACCCGAACCCACUGUCAGACCCAAGCCCAGCUAAGGUGUAUGCCAGCUCUGCACCGUGCCCCUGUGUUCCACCCUCCUAUCCAGCAGACACUGGACAGGAAGGAGGCGGGCUACGGCCGUUUGUCUCCACCCACCCUGACCCCCAUCCAGCCAGUCAGCUCGCCCGGUAAGGUGUCUGAGCAGCAGAAACCGCCCACCCUUCUGCCCGAGCUACGGGAGGUCAGCGCCGUGUGUAAGGGCGGGGCAGCGAUGACCUCAUCCGAGGUGUGGCGAGCCGGCGACUCUCAGAGCCACGACAAGCUGGGAUGGCAUUCUGAGAGGAGCCCCGGCAGGAAGCCUGGGGCCACCACGGCGUCUGUUAUCGUCCGUCCCUCUACGUGUAUAAAGUACGACGGCUCGCCAGGCGCCAAGACAUCUUCCUCGGCCAAGGACUCUCUGAUGGGGAGGAUGUUCCCAGGCGGCAGGCCUCAGACAGUCUGUCUGAAACUGGCCUAUGAGAGAGACAGGGAGUCUGGAGGGAAGGUGAUCCUGCCAAACACUAACUUGGAGGAGGCUGUUUGCCUGCAGCAGUACAAUAACAACUUUAUGAGAGUGUCCCAGUCUCAGGGAACCUUUCCAGUCUCUGUCUCGGCUGCUGCCAACUCUGUGUGCAAUAGGAGUAGUGAUGUGCCUAGGGCAGUCUCCAACAUGGCUCCCUACGGUGUGCUGAGUAGAACCUACUGUGGGCCCAACACCUCCAGCGCUAGCAGGACAGAGAGCUGUGGCCCUCGGGGCAGGGCCUUCCACUCAGGGCCUGGGUUAGAACCAAGGGCCGAGCUCCAGCAACAGGAGGGGAGCUCCUCCAGAACCUCAUCCCCCAACCUGCACCCCGGCCCCAGCCUGGCCAGCAGCACCCAGGCCUCUCCCAACCCCAGCCAGUCCAACUAUGGGAGCUUUAUCCAUCUGAAGAAGCGCAAGGCAGCGUUGGCAGCAGCCCAGCAGUCCAGAGGUCCUAGCAGCAGCACCAGUGGUAGUGGUCCUGAGAGCCUGAUUGAGCCAUCUAGUAAAGCUCUUCACAUCUCCCCUCCACCUCCCCUUGCCUCGGCCUCAGCCCAGAACCACAGAACCACAGCAAGCCCAGGACCACAUCAAGCAGGAGCUAGCCCCAGCCCUGGCCCCCUCCCCAAUGGCCAGCCAGCCCAGAUGAACCAGAGCCAGUCUCAACCCAACUACCACAAGCUGAAGAAGGCCUGGCUCACCAGACACUCAGAGGAGGACAGGAACAUAAACACUAUGAUGAAAACAGAGGAGGCUGAUAAGUCUGUUACCACCACUGUGAGCCCCUCUGUGUCCAAGUCUGUUACCACCACUGUGAGCCCCUCUGUGUCCAAGUCUGUUACCACCACUGUGAGCCCCUCUGUGUCCAAGUCUGUUACCACCACUGUGAGCCCCUCUGUGUCCAAGUCUGUUACCACCACUGUGAGCCCCUCUGUGUCCAAGUCUGUUACCACCACUGUGAGCCCCUCUGUGUCCAAGUCUGUUACCACCACUGUGAGCCCCUCUGUGUCCAAGUCUGUUACCACCACUGUGAGCCCCUCUGUGUCGAAGUCUGUUACCACCACUGUGAGCCCCUCUGUGUCCAAGUCUGUUACCACCACUGUGAGCCCCUCUGUGUCCAAGUCUGUUACCACCACUGUGAGCCCCUCUGUGUCGAAGGCUGUUACCACCACUGUGAGCCCCUCUGUGUCCAAGUCUGUUACCACCACUGUGAGCCCCUCUGUGUCCAAGUCUGUUACCACCACUGUGAGCCCCUCUGUGUCCAAGUCUGUUACCACCACUGUGAGCCCCUCUGUGUCCAAGGCUGUUAUCACCACUGUGAGCCCCUCUUUGUCCAAGUCUGUUACCACCACUGUGAGCCCCUCUGUGUCCAAGUCUGUUAUCACCACUGUGAGCCCCUCUGUGUCUGAGAUGGAGAUGAUCAAGCCUUGCACCGUCACUCUGAUUGCCUCUACCUCCAGUGAUGUGGAGAUGAAGAUAGAAGAGGUCAAAGGUCAGGAGGACAAGAUGGCCGCUGAGGACAGGAUUACGCGGCGUGGGAGCAAGAGGGUGUACGACCACGACUCGGCCUCAGAGAGCGGAGAGGACUCUGACGCCAGCGAGAGCAGCAAGCAGGAGCAGAGGGCGAAGAGGCAGCCCAAACCCACCUACAAGAAGAAACAGAACGACAUGCGCAGGAGGAGAGGAGACGGAGAGAAAGAUGAGGAUGAGCUGAAACCCAACGGGAUCUUUAGGAGCGCCAGGGAGAAGACCAAGCUGAAACUGUCCAGCAACAAUGGUAUCCCCCGCUCUGUGCUGAAGGACUGGAGGAAGGUGAAGAAGCUGAAGCAGACGGGGGAGUCGUUCCUGCAGGAUGACUCGUGCUCCGAGAUUGGACCCAACCUGCAGAAGUGUCGGGAGUGUCGUGUUGUUCGCAGCAAGAAGGGGGAGCAGCCGGCUCAUUCCCCUGUCUUCUGCCGCUUCUACUACUUCCGCCGCCUGUCCUACAGUAAGAAUGGAGUGAUCCGUGUGGACGGCUUCUCCACUCCAGAUCAGUUUGAUGAGGAGGCUCUGUCCCUCUGGGCUCCUGAUGUAUACGAGGAGAAUGAGUUGAAUGACCCAGACUCCUCCAAGUACAUCCUCUCAUAUAUAGGAGACCAGUUCUGUCAGAUGGUCACCACUGAGAACACUGCUGCUACAUGGAUCAAAAAAGAUGCCAAGAUGGCCUGGAAGAGGGCUGUGAGAGGGGUCCGGGAGAUGUGUGACGCGUGUGAAGCCACCUUGUUUAAUAUUCACUGGGUCUGCCACAAAUGUGGCUUCGUGGUUUGUCUGGACUGUUACAAGGCAAAGGAGAGGAAGACCUCCAAAGACAAAGAGCUGUACGCCUGGCUGAAGUGUGUCAAGGGACAGCAGCAUGGUCACAAGUACUUGAUGCCAACACAGAUUAUCCCAGGAACUGUUCUGACAGAGGUGGUGAGCGCCAUGCAUCUGUUCAGGGAGAAGUACAGCAUCAGGUCUCCCUGUGUCUGUACUGGGAAACACAACCCUCUACUCAGCAAGCUGCCUGCUCCCAACGGAGUCUCUCAGGUUCUCCAGAACGUGUUAAACCACAGCAACAAGAUCUCUCUAUGUAACGUGAAGACAGAGCCUGGGCAGCUGAACCCCAUCCAGGGUAAAGCUGAGACUAACGGAGGCUCCAGCCCUGCCUCGGACCCCUCCUCUGACUCCAAACUGACCCCGGAGUCCCAGAGCCCUCUCCACUUCCUGGCUGACCUGACUGAACAGAAGUCACGGGAAGACAAGAAAGAAAACAAGGAGUCUCCUCUGGGUAAGGUGGCCAAGGAGGAGAAGGUCAGUAGCCUGGAGUCUCUCCAUUGUAAAGCGUCUAGCCUGGUGUCUAACAUCACAGAACAGGGCUCUACUCUAAGAGACCUCCUGACGACCACCGCUGGUAAACUCCGUCUGGGCUCUACUGAUGCUGGCAUGGCCUUCACUCCUGUAUACUCCACCGCAGCACAGAUGGGGAAGAGCGGCCGUAGCAUGCCCAACAUCCUGGAUGACAUCAUCGCGUCCGUGGUGGAGAACAAAAUCCCUGCCAGCCGAGGAGCCAAGCUGAGUCUGAAGCUGGAGGCCACCACCACCACAGAGGACAGGGAGGUGAAGACAGAGAGGAUCGAGAGGAAGAAGCAGCCUGGGACGGGGACAGGUCCUAAGCCUGGGACGGGGACAGGUCCUAAGCCUGGGACGGGGACAGGUCCUAACCCUGGGACAGGUCCAGGUCCUCACCCUGGGACUGGGACAGGUCCGAAGCCUGGGAUGGGGACAGGUCCUAACCCUGUGACAGGUCCUAAGCCCGGGACGGGGACAGGUCCUAACCCUGGGACGGGGACAGGUCCUAAGCCUGGGAUGGGGACAGGUCCUAACCCUGGGACUGGGACAGGUCCUAACCCUGGGACUGGGACAGGUCCUAAGCCUGGGACUGGGACAGGUCCUAAGCCUGGGACGGGGACAGAAGAGCUUCCUGAACCCAAGCCUCAGCUAGAGAAGGCCCUGCAGCUCCAUGCUGACAUCCCCCACUGCUGGUUGUAUGAUCGCAGACUGCUCUGGCUGAAAGACCAUCGACACCCUGGCAACUGGAAGCUGUUCAGAGAGUGUUGGAGACAGGGACAGCCUGUCCUGGUGACUGGGCUCCAUAAGCCUCUGAAUGCAGCUCUGUGGAAGGCGGACAGCUUCAACCUGGAGUUUGCUGACCAUCAGGGAGACCUGCUGAACUGUAAAGAUGGACUUGUCUCGAACUCUGGAAUCAACGAGUUCUGGGACGGCUUCGAGGACCUCACCAAGAGACCCAAGUCUAAAGACGGAGACACCGUGGUGUACAGGCUGAAGGACUGGCCAUCAGGAGAGGAGUUCAUGGCCCUGAUGCCUUCCAGGUAUGAUGACCUGAUGAGGAAUCUGCCCCUGCCUGAGUAUUGUGACCCUGAAGGGAACCUCAACCUGGCCUCUCAUCUACCCAGCUUCUUCGUACGCCCAGACCUCGGACCACGCCUCUGCUGUGCUUAUGGAGUGGCAGCGUCUCAGGAGCAGGACUUUGGGACAGCUAACCUUCAGGAGGUCUCUGACAUCGUCUCUGUCCUGGUGUACGUAGGUCACUGGCCAAGGGGGCGGAGGUCACUGUCAAGAACAGGAGUGUUGAAGAGACUGGAGGAGGAAGACUUGGACGACAGCGUGAAGAAGAGAUUAAAGGAUUCCAGCGAGACGCCUGGAGCCUUGUGGCACAUCUACAUUAGCAAAGAUGUAGAGAAAAUUAAAGACUUUCUGCACAAGGUUGCUAAGGAGCAGGGGGCGGAGAUUUCAGCAGAGCACGACCCAAUCAGAGAGCCGGGCUGGUACCUGAGCAGGAAGUUGCGUCAGCGUCUGUGGGAGGAGCAUGAUGUGCAGGGCUUGACCGUGGUUCAGUUCCUGGGGGACUCCGUCCUCAUCCCGGCCGGGGCGCUGCACCAGGUGCAGAACCUUCACAGUUGUGUCCAGGUGAUAAAUGACUUUGUGUCUCCAGAGCAUGUAUUCCACUCCUUCCACCUGACACAGGAACUGAGAUCCUCCAGAGAAGAGCCCAACUACGAAGAUAAACUACAGGUGGGUUUGCUGUGACGAACCCUGUCGUCUCCUGUUCUCAUCUCAAUGCGUUUCCCUUUAAAGUGACAUUGAUACAUCCAUAUUAGGACUUAAAAUUAACUACUUUUUUGUUUGAAUCACAGAAUGCCCUUUUAAUGUUCUCUACAUACAGGGCCUUCAGAAAUGAUUCACACCCCUGGACUUUUCCACAUUUUGUUGUUACAGCCUGAAUUUAAAAUUGAUUCAAUUGAGAUUUUGUGUCAAAAUACUCCAUAAUACUUCAUCAUUUUAAACACAGAUUCAACCACAAAGAACAUGGAGGUUUUCCAUUGCCUCAGGAAGAAGGGCACCUAUUGGUAGAUGGGAAAAUACAUUGUAUAUCAUGGAGCAUGGUGAAAUGAUUUGGGUGGUGUAUCAAUAAACCC